AUGUGAUAAGCGACAUCACACUGUUCUACAUGAUUCCUUUACUAGCAAUUCAGGAGCUGAAGUCUCCAAUCAGUUGGAAACCUUCUGGAAGCUGGAAGAAGUCUCUUCAGUUAUUCCUGUCUCUCCUGAGUGUGCUAGGGUUGAAGCACACUACAAAGAAAAUACCAUCAGGCAUGAAGAUGGUCGUUUCCAAGUGUCCUUACCUCGCAAGGAUUCAUUUGCCACCCUUGGUCAUUCAAGGACUCAAGCUAUGAAACGUUUCCAUUCAUUGGAAAAAAGAUUUCUUAAAGAACCUGAGCUCAAACCUCAAUAUGUUGAAUUUAUGCAGGAAUAUGAAGAUUUAGGUCACAUGCACCCUGUACCGCCACCAGCCCCUGAGGAACAAGUCUAUUAUAUUCCACAUCACGCUGUCUUCAAGCCUGACUCCACUACAACCAAAACAAGAGUUGUGUUUGAUGCUAGCGCCAAAACAUCAGCGCGCCCACUCAAUGCUUUGCCUUCUCAUAAGCAGAAAUUCAAACAUGUGAAUUUUCUUGCACGUUGGAAUAGACUUGCUGAAGUCACAAAGGAAUUUUGGCAACAAUGGUCUGAAGAAUAUUUAGUUACUCUUCAGAAAAGACAUAAAUGGUCUUCUUCAUCACCCAAUCUUCAAGUUGGCACUCUUGUGCUAUUGAAGGAUCCUGGGACACCACCAACACUCUGGAAGCUUGGACGUAUUACAGAGGUUUUCCCUGGCUCCGAUGACAAGGUUAGAGUCAUCCAGGUUCUAACUGAUUCUGGUGUUUUCAAACGUUCUAUUGCUAGUGUUGCACCUUUGCCAUUAGAUGAUAGCGAAUGAUGCAAAUCUCUUUAACAUAUUUUUUCUUUCUUCUUUGUUUUACAAUUCUUCCAAUUGCAAAACGGGGCCCAGUCUAUGUUAAAACUCAAUUUGCAUCAUCCUUGAUUUUUGAACUUAGCGCGUUGCCAGUAUAGCCAACGUUUGGCAGAUUUAGUCUGCAUUGUUUUCAAUAUUUGUAUCUUUGUAAUAAUUUCAAUUUGUUGUCUAGUAUUAUUUGAUUAAUUUCAAAUUUGUCCUUUUUCACUUGCUUUUGAAUAAUAUUUGUGUUUUGUAUUUUUAUUCUUGCAUUUCUCACUUGCGGAAAUCGUUGUAGGUAGGUUUUGCUCCACUCGGCUUGUGUGGCGCUGGUGUGCUGCUUCUUUGUUUCAACUCGAUUCCGGAAUGUGGGAAUUGGCCAGCUCUUGUUUUCAAUUUUCGAAUUUGAAUUUAUUCCAGCUGAAUAUUCAAUACUUUCAUGUUUCAUUGGCAUAUUUGCGAUAAAUAUUGGCCUAAUUCAAUCAAACAACUUGUAUGUCUUCACGGAUUGUGUUUGAAUCUCAAACUUCUGGUAGGUGUAACCUCACUUUCCAUUUGAACACGCUUUUCUGAACUCAAUUUUUAGAAUUUAGUUUAAAGCUCUUUCCAAUUUUACAUUGUUCAUCUAUUUCAAUAUUUUUUAAAAAAUG